AUGAUCAGGAGAUGGGCAAAAUAUCGAUGGAAACUAAAAGGUAGUGUCGACAUCUUAGCAAUACCUGGGGGCCUCUUCCUGUUUAAGUUCAAUGUUGAGGAAGACCCGAUCUUUGUCCUAUCAGGGUCCUGGGCUUAUGGGAAGCAUUUCCUAACUCUGGCUAAAUGGAAGCCUGACUUUGACCCCUCAACAGAACUCAACCGCAUGGCCCCUGUUUGGGUUAGACUACCUGGCCUUUCGCUAGAAUUCUGGGAUGAACAAAUCUUUCGCUGGAUCGGGAACUCAUUCGAUAGCUAUGUUGUAGCAGAUUCAGUCACUCUCAAUAAAUCUAGGUUGGUUUAUGUACGUUUUUGUGUCAAUGUUGUGAUUAAUAAGGCUCUCCCCAACUUUGUUUCUCUAAAGUCAAAGUGGGGAAAAUGGUCCCAGGCUAUUGUUUAUGAAAAUGCUACCCUAUUUUGUCAGAAGUGUAAUAAACAAGGACAUACUUACACUAAGUGUAAAAACCCAGUGUCUGUUGAACCCAAGCUUAAAGAAAAGACCAUCUUGGGUGAACCCAUCAACCUAAGUGCACCCUCAUCAUCUGCUCCCUUGGGGCUGCCUAAUGUGAAUGAAGUCCCUGAUGACUACCCCCACACGAACAUGAUCCUUGAAAUCUUAAAAUCCCCUAUGGUUUCUGAAAAGAUUGUUAACCUAGCUACUUCCCUGGAAGAAGAUGAAAUCCCACCAUUGAUGAGUCUCUACCUUUCCCCAAAUCCCUUGCCACCCCCUGGCUUGCCUUCAGAGAAAAUCUCCCCCAUGCUCUCUACUAUUCCUAUCCCCCCAACCCAUCAAGCUUCCAUCUCAGAUGAAGCUAUGUCUGUCACUGAUAAUCACAACCCCCCCUUUUUCCCCUAG